AUGAUGUUGAGACACCUCCUAGUUCAGAUUAAAGGUUUUUUUGGUGAUAAGAGCAGGUUAAGAAAAAGAGAUCCUUUAAUUGGAGAUAAUACAGAUUUUAAGUGCUUUGAAUGGGUUAUUGGGCAAAGGUUCACCUCUAGGCAAAGCUUCAAGAAUGUUGUGGCAAAGUAUGGGAUAUUACAAGGAAGUAAUAUCACAAUAACCUCUAGUAAUAAUCAUAGAAAACAAAAUAUCAUUAUGAAAUGUGUCUCAAGAUGCAAAUUUUAUUUGUAUGGUGGAUGGGAUUCAAGGAGAGUUGUGUAUGUUGUUAAAUCAGUUGAUGGUGAGCAUAACUGUUCAAGAAACAUGAAAAAGAACAGGCAAAUGAAAUCCAGAUGGGUAGCAGACCAAUUUUUAGAGGUGUUCAAGGUUCGACCACAUUGGCAAGCUAAAGAAAUAAUGGCUACGAUUAAGAAAACUUUUAGUGUUCUUGUUAAUAAGGAUUUUGCUUAUAGAGUCAUGUAUCAUACACAUCGAAUGCUUCAUGGUAGUAUGCUAGAGCACUACACCAAGCUUGGUAGUAACAUUGAGGCUCUAAAACACAUUAACCCACAAAGCUUAGUGAAACUUGUCAAUAAUCCUACGAGAGUUGAUAAUGCUAAUGUUUCUCAAAGACUACAUAUGUGUUUUGAGGGGUUGAAACAUGGAUGGUUAGAGGGAUACAGGAAGGUUAUUUGUAUCGAUGCAUGCUUCCUAAAGACCUUUUUAGGUGGUCAACUACUAAGUGCCAUUGGGAGAGACCACAAUGAUCAAAUGUACCCAAUAUCAUGGGCCGUUGUAGAGGGUGAUGAGAAUGACUUGGUUAUUAAAUCAUAUGAACACCAGGCAAUAUUAAAUGGUGUUGAUAAAGUGUUCCCUAAAGCUGAACACAGACAUUGUGCUAGACACAUUUACGCUCAUUGGCACAAGUCAUUCAAGGGUGAGGAGUUGAAGCUUCUGUUUUGGAAGGCAAUUAAAGCAUACAAUAAGGCUGAUUUUGAAGAUGCUUAA